AUGCCAAAAAGUUAUGAGUUUUCUCAGGAAGUAAAACAAUUAAUGUUUCAUAGUAUUAAUUUUGUUGAAAGUGAAAAGAAUGGUCCAGUAAUUCCUCUCUACAAUGUGAGCGAUCGUCUUGUCGAAAUGUUAGGUAUUUUUGAAAGAUCUGUCCGCAGAUUAAAGCAGGAAUUUCAACAAUUAAGACAGAAAGAAAUAAAUGAACAACAACAAGAAGAAACGGAAGAGCAAGGUGAAAUAGAUGCAAAUGUUAAAGAACUUCGUAGUCGCACUAUUCCAUUGUCAACGUCCAAACAUCGUGAAUCUUCAGGAUCUAAUCCACCAGCAAAAAUUCCUUGUCGUCGACAUACUGCCGCAGUUUCUUCUUCUUCAAGUAAAAUCGAUCUUUCUAUUCCUCAGGCACUGCCUCCUCAGAAGAAAAGUAAAAAAUUUAUUCCAUUAUUUAAACAGUCAGUGCGGAGUCAUGACUUAUAUUCCGAACGGGAUAUUUAUCCCGAUCGGCCUAUACGAUUAUCCCGAUUGGGCUAUAAAUCCCGAUCGGGAUGA